CAAAACUACUCGAAAAAAGACGGAGAGUUCACGGGAGAAGAUGAAGAAGAAGAAGAUACAGCCAGAAAAAUAACAUCACCCGUGAGCUUCUCUCUAAGGAAAAGAACUCCUCCGUGAACUCCUCCUGCUCCGGCGACUGCCGUGUCCUCCGCUCGGUCGCGCGGUCGUCGGAGCCCCAGAUCUCGUGUUUAUCCGCUCCUCCUUGUAUGUCUCUGUGGUCUCGGCGGAGGUUUGGCUAAACAAGGUUUUCUUUCCGGUUCAGAUCCAGUGCUCCCUGCGUAGAGUUCAAGGGUCUCGGUGCUGUGGGAUGCGCUUGAGGACGGCGCUUGUCUCACCUUACCACUCUCCUCCUCUUUCUUGGAGUUUCAGUCCGGUUAGGUUUUUCAGAUCUUAUAGCUCUCUCAAGUUUGGCGGCGCGUGGGUCGUCGGUGGUCCUCUCCAAGUGUUCUCACAUCUCUCAGGGUGGCGCGUGGCUGAGGGUGGGUACGGCGUCUUGUUGGGGUUCCGGAUUGGAGCUGUGUGCUCCGGUCUUCUUGCUCUGGCUUUGUUUUCCAUUGGUGGUCUCUGGUGGGUUGCGUGGAGGCUUCAUAGGUUGGGCUUAGUGCUCUCCUCACGGUGGUUUCAGUGGCAGCGCACUGCGGUUCGCUUCGGCUUCCGCUUCAAAGCACAGAGUUACCGGCGGUGUGGCGCUCAACGCCCCACUCUGUUCUCCAUUUGCUUUGUACAGGUACUUUUGCUCUCUUGGGGGUUGUAGUAGGUAGCUUGGAUUUGUUCAGGAUGGCAAUUGGGUCUCGGCUCUGCAAACUCACUCGAUAGCACCACUCCGGAGGUUGUGUACCCUUCCGGUCCGAUUGUUCUAUACGGACUCUUGGUUAAAUGGAUGUACACGGUCCCGGUUGACGGACUUGAAGGCGGCAAUCUUCGAGUUUGUCUCCCGUACGACGGCAUCGCUGGCUGGUGUCACUACCUCGUGCCGCCGGUGGUGGAGUGCGUCGGGUUGGUAAGUAGGUACGUGCUCGUGAUUCUCUGGAUUAGCUUUGCUUGGUGGGUCAUUAGGAAGCUGUAGGCACCGUGCAAUCAAGGUUUGAGGGCGCCUUUCUCUCGGGCUCGUGGCAACCGUCGACUUUCCUCAUAUGCUCCGGUCCCUUGGUUUGAGCUCGCCUCGUUG